UUCGCGUUGGUCGUUGGCAAUUGGUGACUAGUGGUUCGGCGGUUAGUGGCGCUACCCAAAACCGAGUUUGCAAUUUGUAGUGCGGGAAUUGACACGAUGUCAGAAUGAGACUUGAAGUGCAGUGAGAGUAAAUAUUCAUUUGCGUGCGACAUGCAGUGUAUGUGUGCGUUCGUUUGCUUGCAGUGGGUCUCUUGCAAAAUCCAUUAAUGACAGUAAUGCAAGCCGCCACAUGCAGGCUUAUGUUACGUUUAUUGUUGUUAUUAAUUUUAAUUGUACGGAAAAUAUGCUGCUAUUAUAGUGGACUCUACACAAAUUCCUCUGAGCGGUUUUAAUCGAAGAUAACAAACUUAGUGUUAAUUGAAAGGACAAAGCGAGUAUUUGCUUCGUUAAAAAUGUAUCAGGAUUAUGAUGAGGUGCCAGUGAAUCACGCCCCAACAUACAAUGAUUUCCCAAUUCAUCCACUGUUGGCGGCCAUCAACGGCAAUAUGGACAAAUAUGCAAAUGCUCAGGAUCGUGGGAGAUAUCAAAAUCAUUUCUCUUAUCCAAUGCCGCCUAUGGCCGAUGGCACUCAUUUGCAUAAUUCAUAUCCAACGGGUGCUGCUGCUGGUUGGGGUGUUGGCCAAACGGGCAGCGGUGGCACUGGUCAGUCUGGUUACGGCUAUGAGUCGCCCUCCGGCGAUGCUGGCGGUGGCGGUCAUGAAUAUCACCCACCACCACCGGUACAUGUACCCACAGGUGGCUCAUAUUCACAUCAUACCACUGGUGGCACCAGUUAUGGUGGCUACGCACCAACACCACCCAAGCACUACGCUCGACCCCAACCGACUUUGCCCAGCAAGGGCGGUGGCAAGAAGAAGAAGAAGAAAAAUAACAGUAAUGCAAACACCAUGAAUGCACUCACUUUGUUGGCCUUCUUCUUCUUUAUAAAUUUACUGCAAAAUUGCCUCAAAGACAAUAUGGAAGCUAUGAAUCCCACUGUUAUGGUUAUGACGGCGAAGACCGCACGCAAUCGUAACAACAAAUUGGCGGAAAUAAACUCACGAGAACAGAGUACUUCGUCGGCUUCGGCUUUCACGUCGGGUGCCAAUAUUGUCGUGCAGCCGGAGGAUGUGGUAUCCGCUGCAGCGGCGGCGGCGGCUGCUGCGAGUGUGACGAGCGUCAAUUCUGUAUCUGCUGUAGUUCCACCAGUUGCUGGGGCGAACUUGCAAACAUCGCCAUAUAGUGAUGGCGGUGGUGGAGUGCCAAGUGUACCGGGUUCAGCGAAUGUGGGUAAUAGUUUUGCAGGAAGUGUAGGUGUUACCAGUGGCAACAGCAACAAUAAUAAUUAUAACAACAACCAGCAGAGUAACAAUGGUCAGAAUAAUGUUUUUCACCAACCGGGUGAACCGCAAUUUAGUUAUGGCAGCAACACUGGUAAUGCUGUGCAACAACACUAUGGCGGCCUCACGUCAAAUUAUAACCAACCAAACAACCACAAACACAGCUAUAAUCAGGCAAACGACGAAAAUCGGAAUCCUGGUCAGUAUCAAUUCGCCCCAGCGCCUUCUGUAAGGCCAGGUAUUGUGACUGCGAUACGCGAUCCACGUCCAGGGUUGUAUGACGCCGAACAUUCGUAUCCCAAUCAAACAAUAAACUCAGCAACAACUUUAAGCCACCCUCAUAACUUCAAUCAACAUGUGCAACAACAACAACAACAACAGCACAACACCGGGUAUCCACACGAACACUUCGAGCAGGAAGAGUAUGAACCUCAACUGCCUCAGCCGCAAGUGGAGCCACAAACCGAACACCAUCAACAUCACUUUGACCAAAACCACUUUCAGCAACAUCAACAUCAACAUCAACAGCAACAGCAACAGCACUAUCACGACUUGAAUCAACCGCGGCCGAUCAAUCACGACCAAUAUGACGAGGAUCAUCAUCAACAGGCGCCACCGCAUGAUCACUUCCAACAUCAUUAUGGCACCCAUCAUCAUUCUCAGCAGCCGUCAUCUUUUUACUCCGAUCGGCAUCAACAACAGCACUAUCUUAUAGAUCGUCAUCCAUUGCGUCCCCAUAGAGGCCAAAGCGAGUCCUCUCAUCCAUGGUCUUAUGUAGCGGGCUCUUCUUCUUCGAACGCUUAUAAAAGAGGCUCGUAUACUUGGUCUUCGGACUCAUCGCCAGCUCAUGUGAGUGGACAUAAUAACUUUGGCGAUUCAGAGGACGACGAUGUUGGGCCAUAUGCUGAUGCGUUUUAUACACGUUCGAAUAAAAGAUUAUAG